CCCCGCCAGUGGCGAUCCAGCCGUAGCGACGCUACAACGUGUCUACGGCGUAGCAUUUGUGUUACUCACAGUACUCGGACAAUAGGGCCAGCGGCGAAAGCAGUUUCGUUAUUUUUUUCUCAAAUGUGUAUCUUCCACAAAGCGCUGUUGUGACUCGAAAUGGACAAUAUGGUUGGAAAGUAUGCCCUUUGUCCACGUAAAAAGCUAUUAUCACCCGGCGUUUACGUAAUAAUUUUGAACAUAAAUACGAUAAUGCUAUUGUGAAAUGUGCUUCAAUUGGACUGUUUAAUUUAUUUUGCGGUAGAAAGUUAAAGUAUUAUAUUGUGUAUGAAUAAUGUCGAGUGACGUUACAGUGUGAGUGGAACUAUAAAAUAAUGGACAAUUAACGUGGUAUAAUGGAAUUACAUGUUUUAUUACUGCAUUAAGGUAUCGAGUGGAAUUAAGUGCAGUAAACAUCAUGUUGUGACAAAAACCCACCGCCCAUGAACUAAAAAUGUGUUUCCUAAAGGGCUAUUAUGAUAUAUCGAACAACAGAACUUUACUGUUCAUGAUAGUGUUGUUAUCUCUGAAACUUUGCACUCCUCAGGACUUAAUCGAAGACUUUAAUGAGGACAAUUUAGACUCCGAUAUAAGUGUAGUUAUGCCUGUGAAGAAAGUGAAAACACCGCAGAAUAUAGACACUCCGUGUAGGUUGAGUGAGCUCCUGUGUGAUACAGGGCAGUGUAUAUCUCUGGAUAAGUACUGUAACGGCGAGGAUGAUUGUGGAGAUAAGAGUGACGAGCCAAAGUCGUGUACACCUUGCAAUAGAACGUACAUGGGUGACGUAGGGCGGACCUACGAGUUGGAGGUGCGGAGGCCGAGGGAAGACCACCUGCCCUUCGUGUGUCAUCUUAACUUCACCGCUAAUGGCGGAAGCUAUGGCGAUAUUAUACAGCUAACAUUCGACACGUUCACCGUAGGCAAGUUCGUGUCCUUCACGUCGGACGGAUGUCCGGACGGACACAUGACGAUAGUUGAGAACAGUCCAUCACCCCCCACGGGGCAAUGGUGUGGCUCGGCGUGGGGUUACACUGUAUACUUCAGUGAGACUGACUCAAUCAAUAUGACGCUUAGAUUGGAUAGACUGAGUCAACAGGGAGUCGGAUACAAUUUCGACUUCAAGUUGGCGUACAAGUUUCUAAGAAGGAGCGAGGCGAGACUGCGGUACGGGAAUGCGACUGUGGGCGCCUGGAGGGGGGAGCGGGUUGCCGGCACAUAUUGUGACCGCAUACUGAGCGACUGUGAUCUACGUGCAUGUCGAAUACAGUCCCCCAACUUCCCCGGCGUGUAUCCACGUAAUGCUUCGUGUGUCUACCGGAUCGAGCAUACUAAGAUUCCAGCGGACAAACACGUCAUGUUAGCGGUUAGACAAACGAACAGCCAUAAAAUACAUAUCAAAGAUCAGAUAGUGAAAUAUGACCGAAGUCAACGGGUCCUCAAAAUAUGGGACCAAUGUAACGUCGUACAAGACUACCUAACAGUAUGGGACGGCUUAACACGAGACUCUCCAGUACUUGUGCGUCUGUGUGGAGGGGACGCCGUACCGGACAUAGUCAGCAGAGGACCCAACAUGCUCCUAGAGUUCCAUACUUCACCGUACGAUAAUCCAUUCCAUCCGGUGCCAUUGAGUUAUUUGCCUGGAUUUGAACUUGAAGUUCAGGUACUGUACGUGGACAAAGAUUCCCAUUCGUACGUGAGCUCAGAUGGGCGGUGUCGGUUUGUUCUGCGCUCUUCAGACAAGACGAGUGGCGUGCUAAGAAAUCCGCGCCAUUCUCUGCCCCCGAACACCUCUUGUGUUUAUUACUUUCAAGGUCGUCCAAAUGAAAUAGUUUGGGUGUCGUUUGUCAAAUAUCACGCUGCGGGCACAGAGCCAGCGGGCUUCGACCAACAGAAGGACUGCUCCUCGCAACUCACUAUAUGGGACGGUGCAGCUCCAGAUGCUGAUCUCAAUAGAAAGUUGGACAUGACUGAUAAGAAGUAUCUUCUGGGCUCCUUCUGUCGAGAAGAGUCGCCGCGACUGUGCGACCACGCUCUUCUGUCGAACGCCACCCGCGCUACUCGGCCUUGUGCACCGAGCGAGAGUUACAUCACCACCGGGCCAGCCCUCACUAUAUUACAGGAGUUGCGUCAAGGCUCAGCAUUGUAUCCCGUCUCUUUCCUACUACGCUACGAGUUCGUGGACGUGAGCGAGCAAGGACAACCAUUAGUAGACUCUCAAUCGGCCUGCGACAGGGUUUUCAAGUCAGCACUCACAUAUUCUGGAAGAUUUCAAGCACCGCGUGCCAUAUUUUAUUACGGGAGAGGUGGAGCACAAAAUCUUACUUGUAUACUAAGAUUUGAAGCAAAACAUGGCGAAAGAAUACAACUGACAUUUACUAACACGUAUUUCGGAAAUAAAAUUUGUAGUACCCAUAAAGAUUCCCGCACUAGCCGCUGGAAAUGUGACAGGCCGGCUAAAAGGAUUAUAGGGGGCGAAGGAUUGUCACAAAUUAUUAUCACUGAGUAUCCUUGGGAAGGAAUCCCAAUUCAAAGAGAUUGCUUAUGCACGAAUCGUUCUGAACCUUUGAACAUACACACAUUGACAGCGCCUGUUGUUGAAGUAAAUUUCACAGUGACAAUGAUGAAUAUAACAGAAGAUUAUGAUGAUUUUGCUUUUGAAGGUGAAUACAAAUUUAUUCCUACUGGACCUGGUGAUGAUAGUAUAUGCUCUUCAGGUUGGGGUGAUCGUAAACUUAGAGGCAGUAGUGGCGAAAUAAGGUUAUACGAUAAAAGAGAAGCUUCUGUAGCACCUGAUAUUGUAGGUGAUAGACAUGUAAUUUCGGAAAGCGUAAGAGCGGAAGUGGCCUGUGUUCAUAGGCCAUGGCUUAUUGAACCCGGAGGCGAUGAUGUUACGCCUAUGCAAGGAAGAUAUCUUUAUGUAAAGAUUCCAGGUUACGAAAUUACUUCGAACUCUCCGUAUUGCAAAACGCACAAUCGGUUAUUUGUUUACGAAGCACGAGAUACGUCGAUCUAUCGAAAAAUUUGUCCAGAUAUUAGUAAUACUGUUGUACUUUACUCUCCUGGCUGGAAAUCAGCUCAAACAACAAUAGAAUCGUCACUCAAACCUCACGCACGAAGCUACGUUUUAGAUUUCUUACAACAUGAACAGGCAGAUUACUCGGUGAAAUGGAUAGAAAUAAUGAAGAAAGCGAGUAUCGAACAUGACCCGGAUACAAAUAUUUUACCUUCUUCUGCUACGCUCGAUUGCCGUUAUAACUGUCCGGAACUAAACGCCUGUAUCCCUAUAGCAUUGUGGUGUGAUGGCAGCCCUCAUUGUCCUUCCGGUUACGACGAAGACGAUUCCAAUUGUUCAUUUAAGUUAUCCCUACCAACACCAUAUGUUGCUGCACUCGCUGGUAUCGGUCUUCUUAUAUGUGCCUUAGCAAUAACACUAUGUGCAUGUAAAAGACGUCGAAGAAAAGAUAAAGAAUUCAAAGCACGACUUGAUGGUGCGUUACCACCUGAGGAGAGACCCUAUGAUCAUGCGAAAGUCAACGGAGUUCCUGAAACAACACAACAAUAUGCAACAGUACAGAAAUAUGCAACUAUAGACAAAUACAGUUUAAGUCAAAAAUACAGUGCCGGGUUAAACGAUGCAAGAUAUUACGAUGAAGUAGCACAAAGAGAUAAACUUGCUGAUACAAGAUAUGCUAGUUUAGGCCGUGGUGGUAGAGGCCUUCGUGCUGAAAAUAAUAGAGGAAAUGGUUCUAGACGAGCAAUGCCCGAUCUAGGUUAUCCAGACUUAAAAGAUGGUUUCUGUUGACACUCCCCUGAUCUGUUAGAAACGACAGUAUAGCGUCUGAAAUAUUAAGAGUCUUACUGCUGAAAAGACGUCGAACUGGUAAUUUGUAAAACUUAUGUGUUCACAUACAAGUUAAAGUGUUUCUAUAAUAUGUGUGUUAAAACUUCAACGUUAUUUCAAUAGGCUAUCUCUAGAGGACAUACGAAUAACUUCCAUGGACGUGCGAAUAUAUUUUAUUGUAAACUUGCCACAUUUAUAAAACAAAAUGUAUUCUAAUUACCGUAAUAAAGAAGAAUAAAGAAUAAAUGAGCAAUUACCGCUCAAAAAUGGUGUAAUGUUACAUAAAAGAAAUGAUUAAUGACAAUAGUGGAGUGACGCAAUCUUUAAGACCUUAUUUAAUAAAUUAAAAAUUGUCAUCGUAUUAUAUUUAAAUAAAGACUGAAUUGGCGAAAGUGCCUCCCUAACUAAUUUGAUCAGCAAUAAUGCACUCACAUGCGUUGUUGAAAAGUAAUUAAAAAAAUAAUCUACUAAUAUUGAUGUUUAACUUCGUUUUCUUCAAUAAAAUACAUAGUUAUAUAUUAUCGUCAUAUUCACUUUGUAUAUAUUAAGACAACAAUAAUUGCUGCUGUUAUCUUAAAAUAUUAAUUGCCUUCCAAAUAGAAAAUUGGUCAUAAAUUUAAUUUAUCUGCAUUAUAAACAUUGUAAUCACAUCAAAUAACAUAUCUGUAUGUAAAUAAAAUGCUUGACAAUACGAUUUUAAGAUACAAGUUAAAUCAAUAUAAAUUGUAAUAUUAAUAAAUGCGUGGUUAGGAAGUAAACGAAAAAUUUUACAAUUUGGAUACACAAAUAAUUUGACAAGGUACUAUAGUAAAUUGUUUAUUUUGCUAUGUUUGCGAUUCACAUCGCAAUUAAUUUGUAACAUUGGCGAAUAAUUAUGUAGAAAUAAAUGAAAAUAUACAUCUGUAUUGAAAAUCUAGUUAUAAAAUGAAAUGUGAUAUAGGUUGUAAAAAAUGUAGAUAAGACAACAAGAACUGUAUAACUUGAUAAUGUGAAUAAAUUUUCCUUAUGUACCAUAUAGAUUCUUGAUAUGUGUGUAAAUUUAUCUUAUAAGUAUACAAUAACUGAUUGUAAAUAAAUUAUAGCUUAAGAAUUUUUAACAUCUGUAAGUAAUUUCCGAGUAAAAGGAAUAAU